AAAACCCACAUAAUUUGCAACACUUUGUGGGUGAUGAAGCAACAGCUUUCAAAAUGAGUACCCCCACCGCCACCCUCCCCUUCCAUGCCUGCGCUGGGAACAGUUUCAUGGUAAAUAUCAUGGGAAGGCUUCACGAUCAUCUCAUUGGCUCAGAAGUCAGAGACCCCAUCAUAUAAAACGAGAGCGACUGGUCUAACAGCCCUUUCCCACUGGCGAGGGUAGUGGAUCACACUUGGGCUCCAACUGUCGGGAAAAUACCUUUUACGCACAGAGUGUCUGGAAAGGUUGAGCGAGUCCGCGCGCCAGCGAUCAGAAUUUUUGAAGCGAAAGAGUCAUACAGCCAACAGAAAAACUGUUAGCUGGGGCGUCUGAGUAGGCAUGUGGCUACUGGAGAAGCUCCGCAGUGGGACUCAAUCCCAGCCUCCGCAGACAAUAGAGGCCAUUCCUGUUUCUGUGUAUGCCAAUGUACUCACUCCAGAGAAGAUUCCCGAUUUCUUCAUCCCACCCAAACUUAUCUGCUGCCCCCCAGAAGAAUCUGUCACCCCAGAAACUCAGCACUGCUCCAAAAUCAGACCCUCAGCCUCUGACCAUGCCAUCUGCAGCCAGAGCCCCAGAGCUAGGAGCGGCAAGAACCCCUGCAGCCCUCGCCUCUUUUCCCGCAAUCUCCAGAAAUCAGCCAACCGGCACAUCAUCCAGAUAGAGAGCGCUGAUGAGCCUGGUGCUGGAUCUAUGGACAGGGUCGGUAUUGAUGUAAACACUAAUGCUGACCCACAGUCACAGACUGCAAUGUCUCUGCCAUAUGUCCCAAAGGCUCAGACCUCCUAUGGCUUUUCCACCCUGAUGGAGUCUCCUCAUACCCGACGCAAGGAGAGCCUUUUCCACAGCGACCCCAGCAGCCCUCUCACCUCCCCAAACUCCCAGAGGCGCUCCCAAGGGGGAACCCUACUGGCCCCGGCUGACCCCAACCCCUACCGCUAUUUCAGCGGUGGUGAGAGUGACACCUGCUCCUCAGCCGAGUCAUCUCCCUUUAACUCACCUCUCCUUUCCCGAUCUGCCUCUCUCCUGCGCUCUAUUACACAGGAGACACAAGCCAAGGUGUCUCGUGCCAAACGCUCCCUGGCACGCCACAGUUCCCUCUCCACUGAUGAAUGCAGCUCAGCAGACAACAGCCCCAACAUGCAGCGCCGCCGAAUGCGCUGCCCUCCCUCUCCCGCCUUCCGUGGAUGUAAAAGCGGUGGCUUGAGGGGAGCAGCGGCAUCGGACCUCUGUCAGCGCGAGCACACUAUAAACCUCAACAAGGGGGGGAAACUGAGGCUGAGCACUCACUAUGACAGGGAGGCAGCCCGGCUGAGGGUGCGCGUGCUCGCAGCUGAGGCCCUUUACGACAGGCAGACAGACCUUAAAAGCAUCAACUGCUGCGUAGCACUCUACCUGAAUCCUGGUAAGAAGCAGAAACAAAGGAGCACCAUCAUUAAGAACAGCAGGAAUCCGGUGUUCAAUGAAGACUUUUUUUUCGAUGCUCUGCCUCAGGCACAGGUAAAGACUCUGGCCUUGAAAGUAAAGGUAGUGAACAAAGGAACCAGCCUGAAGAGAGAUGUGCUUCUUGGAGAAAGAGAAGUGCUGCUCAGUGAGCUGCUCGCAGGCCUCUAGGGAGCCCCUGUCAAGACUGGCGGACACGAGCUGGUCCACACCUUGAGGGCCCCCAGUCUUUUUAUCCCACCUCGCCCUUCUGACAAAUACUGGACAGGAGCAAGCACACAGAUGACAAGGAAGAUGUUUCUUCCACACUGGGUUAUAUAUGCGCACAGAAAAAAAUGAAGGUCUCUGUUAAAGUCUCGCUUUGCCAAUUCUUCAAAUUCAAAAUUAGGGGCAGCCCACAAUAACCUAUAGGCUUAUCAGUGAAGUGACUAUGUGAACAGUGGAGCUGUGAUCCUCGUUUGUGCGUAUUUCUCUUUGAGUAUUGAGUUACAAACAGUUUUACUCUCACCGAUGAGCGUUGUAUUGUGGCUCAGUGUCAUAUCAGUUGGUAUGCAAUCUUGUUUAAGUUGGAGCUGCUUAUUGUUUCGUAAUGAAUGCGGUGAUAUUAUCUGUAAGCAUUUGCACGUCACUGUGGAAAUUAAUAAUGGCUCUGUGUGCUUGAGAGAAUUUAUAUAUAGGGAAGAUAUUCGAUUUUAAUUGCUAGUAAAUGUAAUGUUGAUAUGAGUGUUGUUUUGUGAUAUGCUUUUGAACUCACGAAUAAAAACCAUG